AUCUUUCACAACAAUUUCAACAGCAAAAAGAGGAAUCUUCCAGUAAAGAGGGGUGACUUUAUCAGUUCAUGGGAAAAGCUACGUAGGCAAAGCAGCAUAAAGCAGAACCACUGGCUGAUGUUCGGGGUUCUGUCUCGGUACAGUCUUUGUGUUCACAUGGAGAAGAGAUGGUGACGACCUUCAGGGUUUGGAGAGAAGAACUGCAGCCCUGAUGAACCACCAGCCAACAGCUUCACAUUCUGGAUUUACUCUCCAGGCUGCUGCUUCACACUGAGGGUUUCUUUUUGUUGGAGCCAAGAACUUUCUCAGGUUUUGUCAAGAACAAGUUGAAGAAUUUUUUUUAUUUGGUUUUUGGGGCUACAUUUGUCCACUGGGGGAAAUUGGAUUUUUGCCAAGUAAUUUACUCAAAGACUGAAUGGAUGAACCCAGGAAAGGGAUUUCUAUGUGGUGUGGGCCUCUCCCUCCGUCUGCUUGCAUUUAAAAAGUUCACUCAACCACAGUUUUAGAUAAAAGAUGGCAGAGCAGGAAGUCCAGCAGGAUUUCGAGAAAAAACUUUCAGAUGUUCGAGUUAAGUUUGUGGAGAGAGUUUCUGAGGAAAUCCUGAAACAGCUCCUUGAUGACCUUCUAUCAGAUCGUGUCUUUAAUUACAUGGAGAUAGAGGAAAUACUGCAGAAGAACCCAAUCAGAGCAGACAAGGCCCGCAACACCAUAGAUGCUGUGAUGAAGAAAGGACAGAGAGCCUGCAGACUGAUGAUCCAACGUCUUCAUCACAUCGAUCCGACUCUGUCCAACCAGCUGGGUUUGUCCUCUGACUCCUUUGGUCCAGAUUUUGAUAUUCGGUGUCAACAGGAGCUUAAAGAGUAUCUGAAAAUGAAAUUCCAAGGUCUCUAUGAAGGCAUCGCUGAAUAUGGAAGUGAAACUGUUCUGAACCAGAUCUACACAGAGCUCCACAUCACAGAGGGGUUAACUAGAGAGGUCAACCAGGAACAUGAGGUCAGACAGAUUGAAACAGCAUGCAGGAAACAAGAAACAGCAAUCAGAAGAGAAGACAUCUUUAAAGUCCCACCUGGAAGAAAUCAACCAAUCAGAACAAUGAUGACCAUGGGAGUGGCUGGCAUUGGGAAAACACUGUUAACACAGAAGUUCACUCUGGACUGGGCUGAAGGCAAAACCCACCAAGACAUUGAAUUCAUAUUUCCAUUCACUUUCAAAGAGCUGAAUGUACUGAAAGAAGAAAAGUUCAGCUUAUUAGGACUUAUUCAUAAAUUAUUUUCUAAAACCAAAGGAAUCAGCAGCUUUGAAAGUUUCCAGGUUCUGUUCAUCUUUGAUGGUCUGGAUGAGAGUCGACUUCCUCUGGACUUUGAUGAUAAUCUGAUCCUGACUGAUGCUACAGAGUCCAGCUCAGUGGAUGUUCUGCUGACAAACCUCAUCAGGGGGAAACUGCUUCCCUCUGCUCUCCUCUGGAUAACCACACGACCUGCAGCAGCCAAUCAGAUCCCUGCUGAGUGUGUUGGCAUGGUAACAGAGGUCAGAGGGUUCACUGACCCCCAGAAGGAGGAGUACUUCAGGAAGAGAUUCAGAGAUGAUGGAGAGAAGGCCAGCAGGAUCAUCUCCCACGUCAAGGUAUCAAAAACCCUCCACAUCAUGUGUCACAUCCCAGUUUUCUGCUGGAUCACUGCUAAAGUUCUGGAGGAUGUGAUGAAGACCAGAGAGGGAGGAGAGCUGCCCAAGACCCUGACUGAGAUGUACAUAGAGUUCCUGCUGGUUCAACUCACAGUUAAGGAGGACAAGUAUAGUGGAAAAGCUGAAGAUCCAGAGAACAGGAAGCUGAUUGAGUCUCUAGGAAGUCUGGCUUUUGAUCAGCUGCUGAAGGGAAACCUGAUCUUCUAUGACAAAGACCUCAAACGUUGCGGCAUCAACAUCAAAGAUGCUGCGUUGUUCUCAGGAGUUUUCACUCAGAUGUUUAAAAGGGAAAGAGGAAGGCGGAACAUCUCCGUCUACUCCUUUGUUCAUCUGAGCAUCCAGGAGUUUCUGGCUGCCGUCUACAUGCUCCACUGCUUCACCAGCUGGAGGAAAACAAAAAUGAUCAAGAGUUUGCUGGGAAAAUAUUAUUUUUUCAUUUCUUUGGGUGAGUUCAUGAAGAAAGUCAUGGAGAAAUCCCUCAGCAGUAAAAAUGGCCACCUGGACCUGUUUGUCCGCUUCCUUCAUGGUCUCACUGUGGAGUCCAACCAGAGACUCUUAGAGGAUCUGCUGGGUCAGACAGAGAACCGUCCAGAAACCAUCCAGAGAAUCAUCACCAACCUGAAGGAGAUGAACACUGAUAGAAUCUCUGCUGGCAGAAGCAUCAACAUCUUCUACUGUCUGAUGGAGAUGAACGACGUCUCAUUUUAUCAGGAGAUCCAACGGCUGCUGGAUUCAGGGAAGGAGCUCUCAGUGACUGACUGUUCAGCUCUGGCCUUCAUGCUGCAGAUGUCAGAGGUUCUGGAUGAGUUGGACCUGGAGAAGUACAACACAUCAGAAUCAGGACGACUGAGACUGGUUCCAGCUGUGAGGAACUGCAGAAAGGCUCGACUUGGUGGCUGUGAGAUCCAAAAGGCUGAAUGUGACGUUGUGGCUUCAGCUCUGAAGUCCAACUCACAUCUGACUGAACUGGAAAUAAGUCAGAUCAUCAUAGUGGAAGGUGGAGAAUCUGAUAUGAAGAAUCUGUCUGAGAUCCUGCAGAGUUCAGUCAGUAAAGUGAAGAAUCUGAGAUUGCAGGACUGCAGGUUGUCAGAGACCAGCUGGACGUCUCUGUUCUCAGCUCUGAACUCCAACCCGACCCAUCUGACAGGAUUGGACCUGAUCAGCACCAACCUGGGAGAUUCUGGACUGAAGGAGCUCUGUGGUUUUCUACAGACUGAAGGCUGCAGACUGGAGAAAUUGGGGUAUUUUAAUUAUAGAUAUUUUCUGUGA